CGUAACCCUGUCACGACGUAUUUCUGUGAGGCGCAGAGCUCUGGGCACACGCCGCCGCUGCCGUUACUCCAAGCUUGAGAUCCUAGGCGGGUACUUUAUCCAAGUUGCCAGCAGAGCUGACGCGACACUCACGUAGUGACACCACUGGUUUCUUGUUCUUGUUUAUAAUACUUUGUGGAAGAUAUCCGGCCUGCUUUCUCAUCCCAAUCACUUACUUUUCGAGAAAUCCUCUCAGCGCAUAAUCCAACACAGUUACAGCUUUCCAUCCCCUUACGCAGAGCAUCGCGCUCCAGAACCCGGCCAGGCAGCAUGUCGGAAAUAUUCAUCAACCACAUCACCCGAUGGCUCUUUAGUUCGCCGCCCGCUGAGUGGGCAAUAAGUCAACUGCGCGAACUCCUCAUUGGAGCCUUGAAGCAAGGUCCAGUCCCUCAACAUGUUGCAUUCGAGAUGGACGGCAAUAGGCGGUAUGCCCGCGGCAGGAAGAUGGAGACGAUAGAGGGCCACCACCACGGUUUCGAAGCCCUAGCAAGAGUUCUCGAGAUUUGUUACAAGUGCGGCGUCAAAGUCGUGACCGUCUACGCCUUCAGUAUAGAAAACUUCAACCGCCCGCAAUACGAGGUCGAUGGGCUUAUGCAGCUGGCCAAGGUGAAGCUCGAACAGUUGACAAAACAUGGAGAUAUCCUAGAUCGAUAUGGCGCGGCGGUUCGUGUACUUGGACAGAGAGAUCUGAUCCGCAAGGACGUUCUGGAGGUGGUCGACCGGGCAGUCGACAUGACCAAGUACAACAAGCAGAACAGAAACGUGCUGAACAUUUGCUUCCCGUACACGUCGCGGGAGGAGAUGACAACGGCCGUGCGAUCCACAGUGCAGGAGUAUAUGAUGCCCCCUGGACCCAAGUUCACGCCCUUCCCGGCUGCUCGCAUCUCGCAAAAGAUCAUGUCGAAGCAACUGGAGCACCGAGAGCCCCUUCCGACCAUUCGGGACACAUCGCCAGCUCCCUCUUCACGGUCAGAUGAUGGUGCGUCGUCGUCGACUACUCUUCCUCCCGACUCGCCUUCACCGCCGAGGCAUAACGGUGCCGCAGGCGGUCACCGCCUGAAGAAUCCAGAGACUAUUACGGCUGAGACACUCAACAACCACAUGUACACUGCUGGAAACCCUCCGCUGGAUAUCUUUGUAAGAACUAGUGGCGUGGAAAGACUCAGCGACUUCAUGCUUUGGCAGUGCCACCAAGACACGCACAUCUUCUUUUUGAAGUGCCUUUGGCCCGACUUUGAUCUGCAGCACUUCUUGCCUGUGCUUCUAGAGUGGCAGUGGAGGCAGAAGCAAAUUGAGAGAGACGAGCGGCCGAGACAGGCGUCGGCCAAGGCGCGAAAGCUUGCCUGA